CUCUCCAAAAUCUAUAUCAAUCCGAACUCUCAGAUUAAAUUUCUCUCAAAGGGUUUUUUGUUCUCCAAGUCUCUUGAAGAAGUUCGAUAUCUAUCGCGCUUGAUCAUCCGGUUGCUGGAAAUUCGAUUGUUUGGUUGGCAAGUUCGUUCACUAAGAAGAAUAAACAUGUAUUUUGAUGGUUAUGGCUAUCAUGGAACAUCCUUUGAGCAAACAUAUCGGUGCUACCCUGCAUCUUUUAUCGAUAAGCCCCAGUUAGAGAAUGGUGAUAAAAUUAUAAUGCCUCCUUCAGCCCUUGAUCGCCUUGCUUCUCUUCAUAUUGAUUAUCCAAUGUUGUUUGAGCUACGCAAUUCUGCUACUGAGCGAGUUUCUCACUGUGGGGUUCUGGAGUUCAUUGCAGAAGAAGGCAUGAUUUAUAUGCCUUAUUGGAUGAUGGAAAAUUUGCUUUUACAAGAAGGAGACAUUGUGCGAGUAAAAAAUGUGACCCUCCCAAAGGGUACAUAUGUUAAAUUACAACCACACACGAAGGACUUCUUGGAUAUCUCCAACCCAAAAGCAAUCUUAGAGACAACAUUGAGGAACUUCUCUUGUUUGACAACAGGAGAUAGCAUCAUGGUGGCAUAUAACAACAAGAAAUACUACAUAGAUAUCAUUGAAUCAAAACCUUCUCAUGCAAUAAGUAUCAUCGAAACCGACUGCGAGGUGGACUUUGCUCCUCCUCUAGAUUACAAGGAGCCUGAGAGACCUGUAACAUCUGUUCCUUCAAGCAAGGCACCAGCAGAAGGUGAGGCUGCUCCAGUUGAGGAGCCAAAGUUUAACCCAUUUACUGGAUCAGGGAGAAGGUUGGAUGGUAAACCUUUGAAGUACCAGCCCCCGCCUGUUUCGUCCUCCACUGGAUCUAAAGAAAAGCAACCUGCUGUAUCUGGUGGUGGUGGUGUGCAGCCAUCUACAGGAUCUACUUCACAAAGCAGUUCUCGUCAAUCACAAGGAAAACUUGUGUUUGGUUCUAAUGCAAACAGUAGUGCAGAUCCCCAAAAGCAAAAGGAAGUUGCAAAAGAGACGAAAGAAGUUGUGAAAGAAGAGCCAAAGUUUCAAGCCUUCACAGGGAAGAAAUACUCACUCAAGGGUUGAUUUAGUAGUCAAUUAUAUUAUGUUAUGUUAUGUUUAGUAACAAACAACUUGUAAGUGUUUUAUGUGAGUUUGCUGCAUUAAAGGUACCAAAUGAUUAUACGAGUCUAGUUCACCACGAACCCUCGUCUCUUUCA